AAGGAGAAGAAGAAGGUGCUAGUUUCGCGCAAAGAAUUUCAUUCGCUUCUAUCGCAUUUUUCCGGAAAUGUUUUUCCUAAAAAUUGUUGUGAUCUCAAAUGAAUUUACUUAACAAGCUACACAUUCAUAAAAUUCAGUUCAAACGUGCCGCGACUUCCUCAACUCAACAAUAAUAUUUGAUUGGUUGACCAUCUGCAUUGCAUCAUUGAAAUUUUUGUGUCGCUUUGGUGUUUUCGUUCGUUUUUUACUCCACUUCAUCCGCGCGGAGAAACUUCAUAGCCAUGCUCAAAAGUACUACGGCCUCGUCCGUCCAGUCAGUGGAGAAGCAAGAGCCCAUCAGUUUCUUCACACCUGCGCAAUCAUUCGCUAACGCUCGGUUCGUACGGUCGAUAUAAAAAUUUUCCUGCCUCAAAUGCCGUGAUUCCGUUCUCGAGUGCAUGGCAAAGUGGUUCCGUUCCGUGUCGAUCACCGCCAUGCUCCCCGGGGGAGCAUUGUCAGAGUGUUGUCCGGCGAGCUUGAAUCUCAAAUAAAUUGAUUUAAAUUGGUGGCUUCCGGUGAGUCCAAUUGGACGAUCGGGUCUAGUAUAACGCGACCCACAGUGGAAAAAGUGAUAAAGCUGUGGCACAAAUCUCAGUUUCGGGCUGAAUUCGUUGAAAUCGGAUCUGGGUUAGUGUCGCUUGACCACAGACAAGAAGUGGGGUGGAGUGAAGAAAACGUUCACGGUGCUUAGUGAUGAUGGUCGAAGAGCAGGUGGAAUAAAAGGAAGAUGGCAUCGACACCUUCGCCGGAAAGUGAAGAUUUUCCUGGAAGGCUUCUGCAUCAGGCGGCCCUCUGGGACAACGCGGAACUGUUGGAGGAUUUGCUCCAGGAGGAAGUGCACCUCAUUGACUGUCUGGACUCGUGGGGCCGGGCACCGAUCCAUGCGGCGGCCAUCACCGCGGAGUCCCGUUGCCUGCCGAUGCUGAUCAAUGCCGGGGCGAACAUCAACGCCACCUGUGGCCCACGUGGCGAUAAUAAGACUGCAUUACACUUGAGUGCUGAACAUGGACACGUGAGCAAUGUCCAGGUGCUAUUGGCGGCCGAUGCGUCCUUUGUCGCUAAGGAUAAAAAUGGACUGACGGCAUUGGAUUUAGCGGAACGCAGUGGGCAUGAUGCGUGCGUUGAACUGCUGAAGGAGGCCGCAGAUACGCGGGAGCAGAUUCGAUCCCAGAAGCACAAGAAUCUCCGUGAAGCGGUGACGUCUUCAGAUGACACGCUGGUGCAGCUACUGCUGGACAACAUCGGUCCGGAGCGCGAGAUCAUUGUCAAUAUGGCCCCGGGAGGAGCCAACACGUUGCUGUUCAUCGCCUCACAAAACGGGUCGGAACGUAUCGCACAACUGUUGUUGGAAGCUGGUGCCGAUGGCAGGGCGCAUGCCGUUACCCGUUAUUCGCCUCUGUAUACGGCGGUGCAUAACGGUCAUAAAAAGGUCUCAUCUAUGCUGUUGGAUCGAUUUCCAGAGCUGGUGCAGCAAUUGACUGUGGAACGGUGGCUACCGUUCCAUGCGGCUUGCAUUAAUGGGCACUGCUCGGUGGUAGAGUUACUAAUCCGGAACCAUUAUCCGGAGGAAUUGAUGAGCUCCUACAGAAUAAAACCACCCCAUUCCAGAGAUCCUAGUGGAGAGCUCGAAUGGCGCCUAGCCUUCGAUCCGAACACCCAGGACGUUACUGGACAAACGGCACUGUAUGUGAGCUGUCUUCUAGGGAACAGGCAAUUGGUCGAAAUGCUGUUGAACUGGAAAGUUAAGUGCGUGAGAUAUUCACUGGAAGAUGACGGAGGAGGAGGGGCAAGGGAAGCGGUAACUCCUUCUAGCAAUCCGCUUAGUCCUUCCAAUCGAAGGAUAUCGUUCGGCAUUCAGUCGAUCAUGUCUCGUUUGAGUCUAGGUCGCGAUCACGGUGAAGAUCGCGAUGACAAUUCCGAACUAAGGUGCCCAUUGGACAUGAAUAUCUUGUGUGGAGCUGCUCGGGAGACCGCGUUAUUGGCUGCAGUUCGUGGAGGAUUUUUAGACGUGGUUACGCUUUUGUUGCAGAACGGAGCAGAUCCUAACGUAGUGGCAAGAGCUGUUGAUGAUCAGAAUGAUCCCAAGGCGUCGGACGAGAUCUACGGAUUUUCUAACGUUCCUCUUGCAGAAGCCACUCGACAAAAGUCUUUAGCUAUGGUUGAUCUACUUCUAAAGUAUGGUGCCAAAGAUGAUCAGUCGAUUGCUCUGAGCAUCGCAAUUCAGAACUCCGACGAACAAAUCGUGUGCAGAUUAUUAUCUAUAAAGGCUCAUGCUGAUCCGGACUACAAGAUUAAUAAAAAAGCUUUUGCUCAUGAGGCAGAAUACAGCGCUCUACCGCUUGUAGGGAGCUUCACCUACAGUUCCCUAUUUCCCAGUACCGCUACCAUGAUCAAUUGGCAUAGUAACAACUGCCGAUUAGCGACCAUAAAAAUGCCGUGGCUUAGCGAAGCCGUUCUCCAGUGUAACCCGAAACUCAAAGGUCACCCUCGCUGCUACCAACUCUCUCUUGGAGCUUUAACUCGUAUAGACAUCUCUCAUAAUUCUCUCGCUCACCUUCCUCCGGAGAUCUUUUCACUAGGUAGCCUUCGCUACCUAAACGCCGCUCAGAACAAAAUCGAACGCAUACCUCUCCCGGAAGACAUUGAAGCCUGCUCGACCUACCAGUCCCAGAAACGCCGAACGUCCAAGACGGCACAAGUCGAAUACAACUGUCCCGUACUGGAGGAACUCUACCUUCAGGACAACCGACUCGAGUACAUUCCACCUCGACUCUUUCUGCUCACCAGCUUGAGCAUUCUGGACGUCUCCAACAACAAACUGCAAGAGCUUCCAUUCGAGUUAUGGAAGUCCCCUAAACUGAAAGAAUUUAACGUUGCUUUCAAUUUCCUCAAAGAUCUCCCAUCCCUACCGAACAUUACCGACUUUGCCGCGGAUGGUACCGAGCCGCCCUCCCCAGUAACAGAAGCUUGCCUUUUCCAUGCGUAUUCUUACGAAGACAACAGCGACUCUCUAACCCGAAACCGCCACGUGGCCAGUUUAGAACUUGUCAAGCAUCACAUCUGGUCAAAGUCACUGGAAGUAACGGACCAAGAGCUACGACUUCCAGAUUCCAAAAACGAUCACACCGUUUCGCAGCUAAGCAGCCUCAAUCUUGCCAACAAUCUCUUCACCAGCAUUCCCCUUGCUUUGCCGUGUCUUGCCGUGAACCUAACCCGUCUGAACAUGUCCUACAACAGCCUUCGCUCGAUGGGGCACGUCACCAGCUACCCUGCCUCGCUCAAACAGCUCGACCUGGGUCACAAUGAGAUCAGCUGUUGGCCGAGCUUGCCGCGAAUUGCCGCUUCCGAUCCGCACCUCAUGUGCUAUAACCCCCAGGAACCAAAGAAACACUCCUCCAAGAGCUCCGUGGCCAGUGCGGGAAGUUCCAGCACACCGUAUUCCAACGAGGUUACGGUCGUGAAGUCAUCCACCAGUUCGAACAACAUCACCUCGUUGCGAACGGCAGUUCUGAAAAGCGUUUGUGUCCACCGGCGGCACCUUCGGUUGGAGUCCUUGCGCACUUUGAUUCUGGCUGAUAAUUCGCUGACGCGAAUACAGUUGUCCACCGAUGACGUAACGACACUCGGAGAGUCAGAGGACGCUGAAUGGAGUCUGAUUGGGGUGGCCAAGUCCCGAUUGAUCUUCCCGAAUUUGUCCAUGUUGGACAUUAGCAACAAUUCGUUGAAGGAGAUCCCGCCGUCGAUCCAUGAGUUGACCAACCUGAGCGUACUGAACAUAAGCGGGAAUAUGGACGUAACGGAGUUGCCGCCGCACAUGGGUUUGCUAUCGCGACUGUGGAAUCUGAAUACGAGGGGUUGUUCGUUGCAGGAUCCGUUACGAUCGAUGAUCGACAGCAAGAAGUACAAGACGAUGGAUAUCAUUGGAUAUUUAAAAUCGGUUUACGAGGACGCUCGGCCUUAUGCUAGGAUGAAACUCAUGGUUGUGGGAGUGCAGGGGAUUGGGAAGACAAGUUUGUUGGAACAGUUGCGGAGUGAAGGUCCGACGAGGAAUAAAAAGCAGGUGGACCACUGGGCCAAACGGAUGGGUCAUAAGAAUAUCAAUACGAAAACCAGUCGGGGGAUCAAUAUGUCCACGGUGGGGGUGGACAUUGGUGACUGGAUAUGCGAGAAAAAGAUCCGAGGGCAAUCGACGCAUGGACCGGUGGUGUUCAGGACUUGGGAUUUCGGGGGCCAAAAGGAAUACUACGCCACGCAUCAGUAUUUCCUGUCGAAACGAAGCUUGUAUUUGGUUUUGUGGAGAAUCAUCGAUGGACGAAAAGGAUUGGCGGAAGUUUUGCAGUGGUUGGGAAACAUUCAGGCGAGAGCUCCAAACUCUCCGGUAAUUAUUGUGGGGACGCAUUACGACGCAGUUGGCGAAACAUUGCCCGCGAAGAAAGCAGAAGAGCUUCAGCAGAUCAUUAGAGAUCGCUUCAUAGCGGUUUCCGAUGCGGAGAAGAUUGGUCUACCAAGGGUGUUGGAUUCCAUCGAGGUCAGUUGUAGAACCGGCCACAAUAUUAAACUGUUGGCAAAUUUGAUCUAUGAUACGGCGUUUUCGUUGCGACCUCCAGGUUGCAAGGAGCCUCUCCUGUACCAACGAGUUCCCGCUAGCUAUUUGGCCCUUGAGGACGUCGUUGGGACCAUAGCAUCUACUCUGAGACAGUUCAGUGCGGAUCCGGUUCUGGACGCGGAACGGUACCGCCUGAUGGUAACUCAGGAGAUGCAACUUCGAGGAUUCAAGGGCUUUCGCGAUUGGUCCGAGCUGAACCAAGCUACGAUGUUUCUUCACGACAAUGGCGUUUUGUUGCACUACGACGAUGCGACACUGCGUGAUCUGUACUUCUUGGAUCCGCAGUGGUUGUGCGAUAUGCUGGCGCAUGUAGUGACUGUUAGGGAGAUAAAUCCAUUCGCCAGGACCGGCGUCAUGAAGAUGGACGACCUGCAGCAUGUUUUCAAGAGUUCCUGCCUGGGGAGCAGCGAUAAUCGGGGUUAUAUUGUGAGCCUGCUGAACAAAUUUGAAGUGGCAUUGUCGUGGGAUGCGCGCACUUUACUCAUUCCAUCACUUCUUCCCUUGGAAGAAGACAGCACUGCAGAUAGAGUAGUUACCGUCAAGAUCUCGACACGCUCUAAAGGCUGGGUUAUGCGAACUCGCCGAAACCCUUUGAACUCCAAUCUGCCAACCUAUGAACCAGUCACAUCUGAGCCACAGACCCCAACCCUCAACAAUGCAUGCGAUAUCCAAACUUUACCACGUCAUGAACAAACCAUUUCGCGAUUGCUAUUGAUGUCCUACUUUCCGUCCGGCUUCUGGUCCAGACUCAUUACCCGUGUCCUCGCCGACGAUCAGGUCGUGGAAGCGAUACGAUCGCUCUACCCUCUUCCUAAGAACGUUGAGAACGAUCCGGACAUCAAUCAGAUGCUGAACAUGUCGUCGCAUUGGGCAGUUUGGCAAACCGGUCUCGCGCUGUACUACGGUUCAACUUUGGUGUUCAAAAUGAGAGAGAUCUCCGUAACCUGCCCGACAUCGCCGUAUCGUAAUCCAAUGAAUCGGUUCAAGCUAAAACAAGACGGAAUUUGGUGUGACAUUGAUCUCACUUCAACCUCAAUUUUGGAAAUCUAUUUCCCAUUCAAUGCGCUGAAGAUACGUAAACUGGAUGAAGUUGGCGCAGAGUUAUCUUCGGUGGAUAUCGAAGUCAACGUACGUUGUUUGACACAGCUGCUGGCACUCAGCGUAGAUCACAUUGAUCUACUGUUGGAGGACUGGUACCCUACUUUGGGUACGAGGUUUGUGCACACAUCGGAGGGCCGUUUCUUGGUGACUCGAUUGGUUCCAUGUCCAAAGUGUUUGCGUGAUUGCGAGGAUCGACACGUUCCGAAUUUCCCUUCGCAAGUGAAGUCCAGUACAGGCGCGAUAGGCAAUCAGCGUCCAAUGUUGCACAAGAGACUGAGCGUAGACAGGAGGCAGGAAUUUGGUGAGCCUAGUGGCUUGAAUGAGCUGCCUGGUAUAUUGAAUGACUUGGUUCCUACGAGAAAGUCCCAGGACUCGAUUGGUUGGUCCGAUUGUGAUUCCGGAGUUGGGCAGGAGUCAGCUGAUAGCUCGCGGGCUACUUCCAUCGAAGGGCAUCCGCUGGUCAACGCGGGAGAUAUGCCGGGACCACCCAGCUACUCUUGGAUGGUGGAAGAAUGCAUUCUGGCAGCGUACGACAAGAAGUCGGUUGCGUGUCCGAUCCAUGGGGAAAUUGAACUGAGCAGAAUCACCCCGGAUGUGAAUUUCAUGGACCUCUCGGAGAACUAUCUGAUCAAAUCGGGCGAUAUCACGCGAGGUCCCCUCCUUGGGCGUGGUGCAUUCGGUUUUGUGUUCAAAGCGUCAUGUAAGACCCGCGGUUCCAAGGCGAUCAUUCCUGUGGCGAUGAAGAUGCUGCAACCGGUUGCGCCGGGUCCGCGAGCUCGCCAGAGUGCCAUCAUUGCGUACAAAGCCGCCCUCGGCAAAUGGGAGCGAGAUCCGUUGCAGCAUUCGUGCAAGGCUUACUGCACCGCACGGCAGGAGCUGGCGGUUCUUCUGACGCUGCGACAUCCGAAUAUUGUUCCGCUCGUUGGGGUGUGUACGCAACCGUUGGCUUUGGUGCUGGACCUGGCUCCGAAAGGGGCGCUCGAUGCCGUGCUGCGGCACUUCCGCCGGAGUGGAGCUCGCAUCGGGCCGUACUGCUUUCAAUCGUUGGUGCUUCAGGCAGCCAAAGCUAUGGAAUAUUUGCACCGGAGAAGGGUGAUCUAUCGUGAUCUCAAGGCGGAAAAUAUCUUGGUUUGGGAAUUUCCGGAACCUCAUACUGACGACCACCCGUCGAACGCCGUGCAUAUCAAGGUGGCGGACUACGGCAUCAGCCGCAUUACGCUGCCGUCCGGUUCCAAGGGCUUCGGGGGCACCGAAGGCUUUAUGGCGCCGGAAAUCAUGCGACACAACGGCGAAGAGGAGUACACCGAGAAGGUGGACUGUUUCUCGUUUGGAAUGUUCCUGUACGAGCUGAUCGCGCUGCGGCAACCGUUCGAGGGUCACGAAGCGGUGAAGGAGUGCAUUUUGGAGGGUGGCCGGCCGGUGCUCACCCAGCGGGAAACGCAUUUUCCAUCGUACUGUUUGGAUUUGAUGGUGCUCUGCUGGGAUCAGCAACCGAAGGUUCGACCAUCUGCCAGCCAGAUUGUGUCGAUUGCAAGCGCACCGGAGUUUACGCAUUUGAUCGAUAUAAUUUCGCUGAGCCAUCCGGGGAAUACGAUGGAUGGGAUUGCUUGUCCGAUUGCCAGCGUGGAUGACGAGACAGUUAUAUCGGGUCACGAGUUGUGGUUGCCUUGUUCCAACUCACGGAUCGACAUUCUGCAUGGGUCGAUCAAGGGAUGGCAACAGUAUCAUCGAAUAUUAUGCCCCCAGAUUGGAACUCCGGUGAAGUCGGCCAAUGGGAGUGGAUAUCAUUCGCAGCCAACGACUCCACAUCAGAUGAAGCAGAUAAAGAUGACGACGGCUUGUGUUGUGGAGAAGGCAGUUUGGAUUGGCGACGCAGAGGGAAAUAUCUAUGCAUUCAACGCAUGUGACUGUGUUCAUCAGUUUUCGUACGCGCUGGAACCAGCGCAACCGUGUCCAGUAGUGGCGUUAGUCUACCUGAAAAAGUUCAGUCGGGUGGCUGCAGGUUUGGAGAAUGGUCGAUUGUUUUUGUUGGACUCCACGUUAACUCCAAGCACUUCCGUAUCGGCAGAGGGUAGUUUUGUUCUGUCUGAACUCGGAUCCGGCGAACGUCUGUAUAGUGUUUGUCCUCUCUGGAAGGAUGAAACUGAAUGCGAACUUUGGUGCGGCGAAACUGACGGAGCGAUGAAUGUCUUUUCGUUGAAGAAUAGCCACGUUUCGGGACAACAUCAUUUAACUCACUUCCAAACACCCCUUCCCACUCGGGGACUCACAGUGUCACUGUUGUGCGCCUCGGACGAUUGGGUCUACUCAUACGUCGCACCGGGUUGUAUUCUGUACCAAUGGCGAUCCACUGGCAAGCAAAUCGAGAACCGCUUGGACUGUUCGAAAUUAGUUCCGUGCUCGGAAAGCCUAAAAAGUAUCGCCAUUGACGAACAUCUCAGUCCGGGAAAAUGCCAAAUAUCCACAAUAGCUGCCCUGAACGGAGAACUUUACGUCGGAACCACGUGGGGUUGUAUCAUCAUUAUAGAAAAGCAAACUCUCCGGCCGAUCACGAUAUUCCGUCCAUUCGAGGAGGAUGUUCGCUGCAUCGUUCCGCUGUACGGCGGCCCCAGUCCGAUGUUGGUCACAUUGGGGCGCGGCUAUCGAUCUCUCAUCGAUCGGUACACGGACGUGACCACCGGUCAUGUCACGACGCCUUCGGCCGGUGCCCCAGAUAAGCGUUUGAAGGAAACGUUGCUGAAGGAUCGAUCCAACAACAUGCAUGCCCUGAUCUGGACGGCCGAACACUGGACACCGGUCUAGGAUUUUAAUCGUUUUCUAGGUGUUUCAAACUUUUCUGUGAUUUAUGCGAAUUAAUGAAUAGCUUUUAAGCCUUGUCAACCUGUUUCCGAUGUUCGAAAUUAAAAAUCCCUUUAACGAUCAUUAAA